AUGAAGACCUCGGGGAACAGCCACGUCCAUGGGAUAUUAUCUUGUGCUUUCUACCUGCCACUGGUAGUUUCCUUUGAAAAAGUUACCUUCCCAGCAGAGCUGAAGUCAGCUGUAGCUAAAAUUGCAGUCAACACCACAUCCUGCAGCGUCACCUGCGGGCUGGGCUUCAAACUGGAGGAGAUGUGCGAGAUCACUCCUGCCGGAGAGAGGAGGAAUUGUACCUUGCGCAGGACCGACUGCCUGACCAGCUGGGUUUGCGGUUUUCUCCACUUCACCGUCCCUGUGGGCAAACCCUUCCACCUUAGCUGCCUGACCGUGGACGCAGUCGGCUUUGGUAGCCAAGCCUAUAGCUAUACGUGGAGGCUUGCCCAAGGCCUUAUCACCACAAAGGAUGUACUGUUCAAACCUUUCAAAAACCCCAAUGCCGUCGUCAGGUUUUCCCCUACCAGGGAGUCUGAUGCAGGGACUUACCGAUGUGAUGUGCAGAUGGUGAAGACAUUCAGAGUCAUCAAGAGGGUCUACUUUGGGGUCAGAGUGAUCCAAAAUGACUUAGUGGAUCUGAACUUUCAAAAAUCCUUGACUUGGGAACAGAAGUUAGCAGAAAAUGAGUUGGAAGGAAACACAGAAAACAGCACCCAUGAAGAACUGCAAGAGCAGCAGCACUUUUGGCAAGGAGAAUUGUUUUAUGAAUGCUUGGUAGGACUUGGAAGUGGAGUGACAGGGGGUGUCUUGGUGAGCAUGGCUCUCUACUGCUUGCAGAAGACUUUGCGAAGGAAAGCUGCAGAGAAAUGA